ACGUUUUACCAGUUCAGCCCCUUGGACAAAAGAGGAAAGUCUUAUCCCCUGUCUACUUUGAGAGGCAAAGUCGUCCUUGUCGUGAACACUGCCUCGAAAUGCAGUUUCACUCCGCAGUACCAAGAACUCGAGCAUCUAUACCGGCAAAUCAACUCGGAGUACCCCAACGAGUUCGUCGUCCUCGGAUUUCCUUGCAAUCAGUUCGGCAGCCAGGACCCCGGCACCAACGACGAGAUCCAGACCUUCUGUCAGGUGAACUACGGAGUGAGCUUUCCGGUCCUGGGCAAGGUCGAGGUGAAUGGUCCAAAUGCCGAUCCCUUGUGGUCGUGGAUGAAGAACAGGCAACCGGGGAUUCUUGGGUUGACGCGCAUCAAGUGGAAUUUUGAGAAGUUCCUCAUCACGGUUGACGGACAGGUUGCGGGGCGUUGGUGGAGCAUGGUGAAGCCACAGUCGUUGUCCGACACCAUUGUUCGCGAGAUAGAG